AUGGAUUAAAACUUCAUUUUAUUCGAGACACAAAAACUUAAAAAAUAAUCAGGAUUUAAAUAAGAUUAAUUUUCGUGCAAUUUAUGUAAUGGAAUCACAGAUGAACUAUUCACAAUUAAAUGUAUAGAAACAGUAAUCCAAGUUUGUUUAAAUUGUCAUAAUGUUAUCAACAAUAAUGAUAAUGACAAACAGCUACUUGGAAUCUGUUGGCAUAUGUUGAUAACUGAUAUUCCUUAUUGUUCCAAAUUACUCAUCCAUUUAGAUUCAUAUGCUAAAUUUUAUAAUUUAAAGUUUCAAGAAUGCCAAAUCUGUUGCGUUUAAAAAAUUUGCUGCAAAAUUUGCAUGAAUGAUCACUAUUUCUGUAUUGAUUGCACUGAUACGUAUGUUUAACAAUAGUUUUCAUAAUUAUAUCGGAUUCCUUGUCCUAAGUAACUUUGUAAUUUAGAAUUAAAUCAUUAUCUUAUAGCCUAAUUUAUAUCACUUUAAUAGGUUAAAUGUUGGAAAAUAAUAUAAAGGGAUUUGUUUUGCAUCAAAUAAAAUUGCCAUUCGUAACUUACAAUUCAUCCUUAUUCACCAAUAGAAUCUUCAAGCCUGAAGAAAAUUAAUAAGAACAUGGUUUAAUGUUAAUAAUGUAAAACAAAAAUUUGUAAUACAUGUCGCAAUUAAAUUAAUGGAUCAUAAUAAAAACAUUAAUAAUAUUGUAAUUAGUUAGCUUUAAACUAAUUCAAAAUAUAUUGCCAAGAUCAUCUAGUUUAAAAAUGUCCAAAAUGUAAAAUAUUAACUCAACCAAGAGUGUGUUUAAAUUUGUCAAAUCCAAAUCAAGAAAUAAAUAUUUAGUAAUGUCAACUAUGCAAUACUAAAUUUUGUAUUCUAUGUAAAUCUGCUCAAGUUCUGUUGUUUCCAUAAAUGAAUCAAUAUUUUUAAGAUGAACCAUAUCGAAGUAAUUGUCAAACAUGCGCAUCAAGAGUAUAUUCGAAAAAGAAUAAAUGCAAAAAAUUUACUAGGAAAUUGGUGAGCAAAUGUUUCUACAUACCUAAAAUCUUAAGAGGAUUAUGCAAACUCCUAUUCAUUAUUAUAUGGUUACCUGGAUAUUAAUUUAUGUAAGUAAGUAAAAUAGUUGGAGAUUAUGUUGAUAACAAAAUUAAUAAAAUCGAUAAAAGUAAAGCCCCUUAUUUCUUUUGUUGUUGCGGACCAAUCAUAGCUUUUUCCAUCAUAUGUUCAAUCUUUAUACUCUAUGCAAUUUUGUUCAUCCCUCUUUUUAUUAGAAACUGCUAUAGAAAAAUUAAAGGUUAACAACUAUGA